AACUUAAACUAAGUAAUGGCAGGCGGCAGCAGGCAGCCUGCCCGUCUCAGACCCGCUCCAGACUCCACAGAGGGAAGACGUGCAGCACUCCAUCCUCUCCACUUCACCAUGUCAGCUGGGAAGGUCAUCGUUUACGGGGGACGUGGCGCCUUGGGAUCCGUGGUAGUGAAGCAUUUCAAAGCUAAUAAUUUCUGGGUGGGAACCAUUGACCUUGUGAAGAAUGAAGACGCCGACUCCAGCGUGGUGGUGGCCAAGGAGGACAACUGGGCCACUCAGACCACCACCGUCAUUGAGGGGCUGAAGGCUUGUCUUGGUGAUGAGAAGGUGGACGCCAUUAUCAAUGUGGCUGGUGGAUGGGCCGGAGGAAAUGCUGCCAGCAAGGACUUCCAGAAGAGCUGUGAGACAAUGUGGAGUCAGAGUGUGUGGUCCUCCACAAUCACUGCACAGGCCGCUGCUCUCUUCCUGAAGGAGGGCGGUCUGGUCUCCCUCACUGGGGCCGAGCCAGCACUGGCAGGCACGGCAGGUAUGAUUGGUUAUGGUCUGGCCAAGGCUGCCGUGCACCAGUUGACACAGAGUCUUGGUCAGGAAAACUCUGGUAUGCCUAAGGGUGCCACAGCUGUUGCCAUCCUGCCCAUAACCCUCGACACACCAAUGAACCGCAAGUGGAUGUCUGGGGCAGAUUUCUCGAAGUGGACAACCCUGGAGUUUGUGGCUGAGCUGUUUCACAAGUGGAUAAGUGGACAAGAGGAGAGGCCCACUUCAGGCAGUCUUGUUAAGCUGAUCACCAAGGAUAACAAGACAGAUGUGGUUAAGGUCUAACUCCACAUCCAUCUGGCCCAAGUCCUCCUUAACACCCAGUCUGACUCCUCCGCAUUAUCCAAUGGAACUCUCCCACCACCCAGACUGACUCACGGCAUCCAGCCCGUCUCACCAAGCCUGACUCCUUACCAUGCUUUCGCACUCUCCCUUGUUAGUCUUGUCUUCUGCCGUACCUAAUGUCCUGUGUUCCUCUCCUCUUUGCUGAGACUGUUGUUCAUGGUCACCUUGUUCUUUGUUUAAGUUACAGUGUGUCGGAGAAGAGAUGUAUUAUUCUGCAUCACAUUUUCCAAGUGAUUAUUUUCAGCACAAACUUAACUUAAGGACAUUGUGGGAUUGAGGAGUUUUCAUUUGUAUUGCUCAGUUUAAUUGUAUUUAGUUCUACUUUUUGUUUGAUGCAUUUAAAGACAGCUAUGCAUGCAGCACAAUUAUCAUAGUGAAUGGAUUAUUUGACAGUAGUCUGCUUGAUGGUGCGUUCAUGGUCAGAGGUUGAGUAACAUUAAGCACUCACUUCCUCUGUGUUCAGUGCUUUCCCUCAGUCUCAAGUCCAGUGAUCUGCUAAAACUUUCAUUUGUCAUUUCUGUAAGGAGAUUUUCAGUUAUCCGAGAACUUAAGACUGAAACGCAAAGCAUGAUGGAAGUGAAUGCGGCAUCAUACUUAACUUUUCACCAUUGUUCUACAUAUCAGUUUUGAGAUGUUAAUAUUUAAGUUACAAGCUUAAGAAUUAGGAGUAGCAAUGAUGAUGGAGUUACUAAGUAUUCAUAAACAGCAGUGGCAUUUCAUGUUUGUUCAUUAUAUCACAAGUCAGUGCUAAAUAUUUGGGUUUCCUUGCUUAGUCUUUAUUUGUUAUUGUUAUGGAGAUGUGGGUCUUAACUCUGCCUGCUCUGUACUUCCUGUUGUUCUUGUUUACCAGUAAUUGUUGUUGUUGCAUAAUAUCAAAAAUGUCUCCUUUCUCUCAAGAGCUUGUUACUGCGAGAGGAGGCCAGUGUUAAUGUUUCUGCCUCGUGCAAAAUUGUAUAUGUUGAUCAUGUCAGAUAUUUAUUGACUCUAAGGGGUGUUCUUAGUGCUGUUACUUUUGUUUCUGAAUACAUUUAAGAUCCAUUGGGAGAGAUAUUUGUAUCAUUUAGUUUAAAACAUUUUGGACACAUUCCUCAUACUUCACUCUUCAGUUUCAAUCCUGUACACUCUCACUCACUCUCAUUCUUGCCCCUGUGUCCUGAUCACCUCAGUGUGCAAUGCUUUACCCAUUCUAGCAAGUAUGGGGAUGAGUCUUGAGGUCACAGCUUCCCUAGGGUUCAAUAAUUAGUCCUGGUGACCCAACCCUCAAGUGCCUCUGCUUCCUGAAAUGACAAAUACCCCAAGAUGUAUUUUUGUACCGUGCUUCCCAGCUCCUUCUUGCUAAGCGAGGAAAAGGAGCAAAAAAUAGAUAGGAAGAUGUACAAGUGCUUCUAUGCCAGACAGUAACACAUAAAGUGCUUCCCUGUCUAUUUUUAUAAGUCUGUGGAAUUGUUAACAGUGAUACUUUAGAAAAUUAAUUGUUAAAGUUUAGAGAAGCUUUAUGGUGACUAAUUCCGAUUUGUGGUGCAUCAUUUAAGAAAAUAGUGCUUCCCAACAUGUAUUAUCAAAGAAAAUAUUAAAUGAUGACUUGGAAAACUUGAAGGAGGAAAAAAUUAACAUGUCUUCUGUAGAACUUAGUGUUGCAUCCCUUGGGAAGAUUGGGUAAGAGUGGAAGGAUGUAUAAGAUUCAGAGAUAAGACAGAUGAGAUACUUAAAUAUUUGACUCCUCAGCUUGUGCUUUGUGAUCCAGCUGACUUAAUGGGGUGUAUGUGUGUUUGUAUGUGUAUGUGCAGUGCUGAAUAAGUGCUUCCCUCAGCAUCAACAUACACGACCAGCACAACAGCCACUGCCAAAAAUUCUCUCUCUCUCUCUCUCUCUCUCUCUCUCUCUCUCUCUCUCUCUCUCUCUCUCUCUCUCUCUCUCUCUCUCUCUCUCUCUCUCUCUCUCUCUCUCUCUCUCUCUCUCCUUCUACUGAUCCUUCUAAUAUCUGGAAAGUUGAGUGUGCAAUAUUGGAUAAUCAUUUUGGCUUAAAUAAAUGGAUGCAUAUUUA